AUGGUUUGGCGUUCGGGAUCCCUCCUGCUCGCAUCCGCGCUGCUGGCUGCUGGCCCAGCCGCCGGUCUGCAGCGCCUGACGGACGAGGAGGAUCCGCUGGCGCUGGCGCGCGUGAUCCGCGACGAGAUCGCGUCACCGGAGGACGAAUACGACAUUCCGUUCGAGAUCGCGCUGACGCGCGGUCAGCUUAGCGACGCCGAGGACCCCACGGGGCAAUUGCUCGCCAAUAGUGAGGGGCAGCAGUCGGCGCAGUGCGAGCCAGAGAAGCGCGCCAAGGUUGCGGAGGGCUUCCUCGAGACCUUCAACAGGGAUUACAAGCCCAGGUUCGCGGCUGCCUUCAAGGGGGUCAAGGAAUCGGCGUACCUCACUGUGGGUGAUUGGCGUUUCAAGCAGAUGUUCCGUAACUUUAUGGUGCAUGCCCACAACCUGACUUGUGGCACAUCGGACCACAUCGUGGCCGUGAACGUCGGACUGGACAAGGCAAGCUAUAAUGAAUGCCAAGCUGUUGCGAAGGGUAUCGUCCAGCCCUCCAACGUUGGGUCAAAGGGCAAGUUCGAGCUCCGCUGCAUCGACAUUUCGGGGUGGCUGCCGAAGGAACUCUUCGCGGAGUCGGCAGCUCAGGCGUGGUCUUGUGCUUACAAUAUGGUGUUGUGGACCAAGCCGCAUAUCAUUCAGGCUGCCGUCGAGGCAGCAGAGCAGCCUGUCAUGAUGAUCGACACAGAUGUGAUCCUCCAUCAAAAUGUGCUGAAGAUCGCGCCUGGAGUGUUGGCGGCAUGCAAAGGUUGCAUUGCAAUUACGGGUCGUGAGUAUGCGUCCGAGCACAGGCAGAACACAGGGACCGUGUACGCCGGCAAAGCUGGCUUGCCCUUGCUGAGGGAGUGGUCCAGGGUCGACCCAGAGUUCUUGAACGCGAAGGAGGGCGAUCAGAGCGCGAUGCAGCAUCUGAUGCAGACGAACUCGGACUUGCAGAAGCAGCUGGCGGUGUUCAGCCUCACCGAGGUUGGGGAGUGCGGGAUCCCCGGCAGCCACGCCACGCACUACAACUGCCUCACCGGCAAGAAGGUGAACAUGGAGAUGCGGGGCCACUGGGACACGCGGCUGUACCGCGAGCCCGCACAGCUCCGCUGCCGCUUGCCUAGCGACCCAGUGGAGGUGACGCUGGACACCGGUGCCACGAAGGGAACGAAGGACUUGAUGAUGCCGAGCAGGCCGCACAGGAUCAUCGGCGGGCGCCCGGAGGGCGCGGCGAACGCCUCGUCGCGGCUGAGGUUCAAGGGCGCGACCUCCUGCAACACUAUGGUGUGCGACGGGAACCCUGCCAAGCACGCCAUAGACGGCUUCGUGAGCACCAUCGCCGGCGUCAACAACCUGAACAUGUGGACGGGGGAUCUCGGCAAGGUGAUGCAGGUCGCGCGCGUGGAGGUCACCUUCGAGUCCUGCAUCUGCGAGGCACAGGACUCGAUGCUCCUCGAGGUGUCCUCCGACAACGUGAGCUGGAAGAGCUACGGCUCUGUCGGCGAGCUGACGGUGUGGGAAGGGAACCGGGAAGUGGCCUUCGAGCGCCCGCUGAAUGCCCGGUAUAUCCGCGUGCGCCCCUCUGCCUCGUACACCUCCAAGCCGCGCCGCCACGACAAGUUUUUCGCGCUCCGGGAGGUCGAGGCGUUCGGCAUGAGCGAGCUUCUCCAGGAGGCUCCGGAGCGGCCCCUGACGCCGCUCGAGCGCCGCCAGCAGAAGAAGAACAGGCGGGAGCGGGCCGAGCGGAGGCGGCGGUUCGGCUGGCUGCGGUAG